AGGGUAGGAGGGGCGGGCUGGAAGCUUCCGCGGCGCCGCGCGGCGGUUGGGUCGGGAAGCAGCGGGCAAGUGAGCUUGGGCUGAGUGGUGUUGCUGCUACUGCUCCGCCAUGGACUCCCGCAAGCUGAGCGAGCUGCGGGCCUUCGUCAGGCUCUGCAAGCAGAACCCGGGCCUGCUGCACACCGAGGAGCUGGCUUUCCUCCGCGAGUGGGUGGAGAGUAUGGGAGGCACAAUACCACCUGCUCCAGCCAACACCUCCACAGAGGACAGAAGUAAGGGCAAAGCUGAGCAACAGCCAGAGGAGCCAGUUAAAUCACCUGAACCAGAAAGUGAAGAGAGUGACUUAGAAAUUGACAAUGAGGGGGUGAUUGAACCAGACAAUGAUGACCCUCAAGAAAUGGGAGAUGAAAAUUUGGAGGUAACGGAAGAGAUGAUGGAUCAAGCUAAUGAGAAGAAGAUGGAAGCCAUAAAUGCUCUAAGUGAAGGUGAACUGCAGAAGGCUGUUGACUUGUUCACAGAUGCUAUCAAGCUGAAUCCUUGUUUGGCCAUCUUGUAUGCCAAGAGGGCAAGUGUUUUUGUGAAGCUACAGAAGCCAAAUGCUGCCAUUAGAGAUUGUGACAGAGCCAUCAAGAUUAAUCCUGACUCAGCACAGACCUACAAAUGGAGGGGGAAAGCACACAGACUUCUGGGUCACUGGGAGGAAGCUGCUCAUGACCUUGCUUUAGCUUGUAAACUGGAUUAUGAUGAAGAUGCUAGUGCCAUGCUGAAGGAGGUGCAACCAAGAGCUCAGAAGAUUGCGGAACAUCGCCGAAAAUACGAGCGGAAGCGCGAAGAAAAGGAAAUCAAGGAAAGAAUGGAAAGGGUGAAGAAGGCACGGGAGGAGCAUGAGAGAGCACAAAGGGAGGAAGAAGCAAGACGACAGGCAGGAGGAGCUCAGUUUGGUGGUUUCCCAGGUGGCUUCCCAGGUGGAUUCCCUGGGGCUAUGCCUGGAGGUAUGCCAGGAAUGGCAGGGAUGCCAGGUCUCAAUGAGAUUCUCAGUGAUCCAGAAGUUCUUGCAGCCAUGCAGGAUCCAGAAGUCAUGGUUGCAUUCCAAGAUGUUGCCCAGAACCCAGCAAAUAUGUCCAAGUACCAGAAUAAUCCCAAGGUUAUGAAUCUCAUCAGUAAAUUGUCUGCCAAAUUUGGCAGUAAACCAUAAAAUCCCUGGUUCUUAAAAAUCAUAUCUGAAUGGGAAGGUUUGGAUUUGGCUGACCAGUGUUGCAAUAAAACAAACCAUUGUACCUCUGAUCUUCUUAAGAAGAGAAAUGGGGUGUUCAAAGGAGACUGCUCUUUAGCCCCAAGUUUUGACUUUACUCAAUGAUUGGUUUAUAGCACUCUGAUUAUAUUCAGAUGGCCUAGUUUCAACCAUCCCUCCUUGUCCUAGAGUUGCAAACUUUUGCUGUAAGUACUGCAGCCAGUUUUCCUCUGAAUUAACACUCCUAUAAAAGAUGUAAUAUUCUAGGAGUGUAAGAUAAAAACCUGCUGUUGUGGUGUUUGGGAUUGUUUUUAUUAUUAUUAUUAAUUACUCUCAGUGAGCAAAGAGGAAGGAACAUUAACAGUUGAAGCCUGUCUUAAUCCCCUUAGGACAGAAAUGUUGGCCUAGUCACAAAUAGCAAAGGUGGGACAAGUCUGAAGAAUUAACUGGAUAAAGGAAUUGUCUUCAAAUACAAGUCCUUAAUUAUUUUUUU